AUGCAGUUUAUCCAUGACAAGGUGGUCACUCCCGUGGUCCAGGUGAUGAAGUCCGGAACGACACCCGAAGCCAUUGCCGAUGCGCUCGGCUGGGGCGUGAUGGGCGGGAUCUUCCCCAUUCCGGGCCUCACCUCGCUGCCCUGCCUCCUCCUCGCCUACCUCCUCUCGCUCAAUGUGGUCCCGGUCAUGGCCGCCAACUUUGCUGUCACCCCGCUCAACCUCGCCUCGUUUGUGCCUAUCAUCCGCCUCGGCGAGUGGGCCUUUGGCCUCGAUCAUCUGCCCAUCGCCAUCGAGCCCUUUACCACCGAUCUCCUCUCUGCACUCUCCGCCUUUUGGCGCUCGCUUCUGGCCGGCGUCGCCGCCUGGAUCCUCCUCCUCCCGCUUGCCGUCAUCAUCUCGUGGACCCUCCGUCCGGUCAUCCGCUCGCUCUCGGCCCGCGUCCGCGCUGCCGCCGAGGAGUGA